AUGAAACCAAAGAAAUAUUGCGCAGUACGUCUUCGAACUCUGAGAUCAGGUCGCAUACACUCCGGCCACCUGCCGCGCGCACACGGCUGCCGUCUGCUUAUCCCCACGCCCUCAUCCAAGAACUCUCUGCUCAUAGAACUACAUAAACUGAACGUGCCUUGCGCCUCCGGCUAUCUUCGAUUCUCACCAACAUCACCUAUCCUAUGUGGAAAGCUAGAACAAAUACCAUACCCCAACAGAAGGUUCAUCUACCUCUCGUCUUCUAAAAAUUCAGAAAUAGAACUCCACGGUCGACCCACGUUCGCCGCGAUGUACCGCCUAGUAGACUACUGUCAUGAUGUUCUACUGACGGCCAGAAACGGCUCGUUCGAAGUCGAACCGACCACAAAACUGACCUGUUCCUACCAUAUACAUUUACCUUAUGGAAACAGAGUCGCGUUACGAUUACAAAUGGGCACAGAUCCUGUUAACAGAAACAAUGAUUUGUCAAAUAUAAUUCACGAAGAUGUUCAUGCUAAAUGUACAGGUAUGACAUUAAUUCUUGAAGAUGGUGAAUCGAAAUGGAAUCAUUGCUCCAAACCUGGAGAUCCAUUACGCAGCGUACAAAUAGUAUCAGAGAGAAACUCUGUAAGGUUAAAUAUAAGUGUAUUAGGUAAGAAAAAUACGAUGGCGAUGUGGUUGAAAGUAUGGUGGAUGUAUAAACCAGUAGAAGAAGUGAUAGGACAUUGUGAUUACGGUUGGGUGUUGUCGGGGGACUUCUGUGUAACAGCGAUGAGGGAGACGAAGAGAGCGUGGCGUCAGGCGGAGGUAGACUGCGUCAGAUUGGGGGGACAUUUGGCCAGCGUUCUUAAUGAGCGACAGCAACAAAUUAUGGACCAAUUACUUUUAAACGCACCCGGGAAUGGAGUGGAUGACGUAUACUGGAUAGGGGCCACGGAUGCGGUACACGAAGGAGAAUUCCGAUGGUCUGACGGACUGCCCUUUUCUUAUGCACAAAGAGGCUAA